GUAGUGUCAUUGCAAUCAUGCUUUGAGAACAGCUGAGUCUAACAGCCUUGUCUCUCAUGCACAGCCCAAAGACACCCUCACAUGUCUUCAGACAUGUGAAAUAAUAAAACUGAUGUUUAAUGGCUGAGACGCGAGUUGUUGUGCUCCCCAAGGAUUUAGGACUACGUGGCAUUUGUUAGAUCUGUCUGGCCACUGGUUGCAGGUAUGACUGUUUGGAGUUGGGGAGGCAGGAAGGCAAAUGACUCAUUCCAGAUGAGAGAAAGCCCCUUGUCUCCCCCUCUCUACGUGGAUGAAGGUGAAUCACAGAAUCUGCCGAGUUGGAAGAUCUGUUUGACGUGCUGGCUGGGAAAAAGUUGUCAACAGGUUUCCAGAAUCACAGAUCCUUUGGACCAAGGAACAUAGCGUGGCCACGUGCACGUGAGCAUAUUCUUUGACAUGAACUUGAACUCCAUGUACGGAUGCAGCUGAACUUUCUACAGGACGCAAAUGAAAAUUAUUUUGACUUUGUUUGAGCCUUAAGGCACAGGAAGUAUGGCAGUUCAUCCUACGUAAUCUUUUUCCUUUUGAGUGGUUGUUGUUAGCAGCUGUGGAGCUGUUCCCUGGCAGAUUUGUUGGUUAUGCAAUUAAGAACCAUAAAAAAUACAUACUGCAAGAAGCAGUUGAUCUAGUUGAUUUUUUUUUUACUGCAAACCAGUGAAGAUGACGCCAAAACAUGAAAAACAGGAAUUUGUAACUGUCUUGGUGCGAGACCCCAGGAUACAGAAAGAAGACUCAUGGCAUUCUUACAUAGACUAUGAGAUAUUUAUUCAUACAAACAGUAUAUGCUUUACAAGGAAAACAUCCUGUGUUAGACGACGCUAUCGAGAAUUUGUUUGGCUCCGGCAGAGGCUUCAGAGCAAUGCAGUGCUUAUACAGCUACCUGAACUGCCAUCCAGAACUCCCUUUUUCAAUAUGAACAAUCCUAAUCAUGUGGACCAUCGCCGUCAGGGUCUGCAAGAAUUCCUGGAAAAGAUCCUACAAGAUGCAUUACUGCUUUCAGAUAGUAGGCUUCACCUCUUCCUACAGACUCAGCUAAGCCCAGAAGAUAUGGAGGCCUGUGUUUCCGGACAGACCAAAUACUCUGUUGCUGAUGCGAUUCUCAGUUUCGCCUCUCUGAACAGACGUUUUCCUAUAGAAGAUGAAGAGGAAAAAAAAGGAAAAAACGAUGCAGACUCUGAUUCAGAGAGUUCAUCCUCCGGGCUCGGACCUAGUGAUGACAGCAUUUCAUGUGGAUGUAAAGCAAGCCCAGCUUCUGAAGAAUCAUGAAAAAUCAUUCCUGUAUUGCUACCUUAAGGACAGUACAGAGCAGUUUCUGCUUUGUUUACUGGUUAUGUGUACCACAUAAACAGAGCUGUCUGGUGACAUGUACCUAAAAGACCCAUUGUUAAUGCAACCAUAUGUCCUUACAAAAUACUCAAAACAGACCUUAAUACUAUCUUUUUGGUGAUUUUUUUUAAUUGUAUCUUGGUGAAGGUCUAUUUAUUUUUUUGUGACUAUUAAAAUCUCAGUAUUGGGUAAGUCACGCUCUUCUGACGUAUGUGGCUGUUAAAAGAAUUCCUUCAGUGAGUCGUGUCUCAGAUUUGAAAAAUAAAGAUAACUCAAUUCCUCAUCUUAAAUGUUGGUAUAUCAUAUCAAACAUAUUCAAAGCAUCUUUUAGUCAUUUGCAUCAGAGAAGUUUCAUCUUUAGAAGUCAUUUGACAUUGGUGAUGAAAUUACACACCCCACCAAGGUACUCACUUUUUAAAGUAGCUCAGCAACAUCAGCAAAACAACAUUCGUACAAACUAUAUGCUGCUGACAAUUUGAGAUAUAAAUACAUCUUCCUCUGGUCCUCCUGUAAUGUUUAUGGAAAGACUGGUUUUAUCAUGCAUAAGUACUGAAGGCAAAAAUUCUUGAGCAUGGUUGCUUAGAAGUUUAGAAAUAUAAAUAAAAAUUACAUCAUUUCUAGGCUUGCUGGAGAUUCUCAGCUCCCAAGGAAUUAUGGAUACUCAUUCCCAGUGAAAAUCCUGGAUGAGGUCCAUUGAAACCAAUGGCUGAAUUUUGCAUUGACCUUGCUAGGGACAGGAUUUCACCCACCACGUUUAACUUUAGGCAUCUAUAUUUGAUGGUGCUGGUAGAGGUGUUUUAGUUCAGCAGAUGAAGUGGGGAGUAUCUCCCUCUGUGAGAUGAUGAUAAUCACAUAUUUGUAACACCCUGCAUGGAUGUGGCCCUCUCCACUCUCCGUGAGUAACAGGAGCUGCUGAUUUCAUUGUGUCUGUAGUUACCACGUUGGAAUAUUGACUUUUUUCACAAACAAAAGGCAGGCUUGAACACAAGUUCUUAACCACCAACACUUAUUUUGAUUAAACAUCAGUUUUGCUCUUUAUUGUUCACAGCAGCUGCAUAGUGUCUUGUCCCAGAUUCUGUCAAAGAAAUGUUUCACUGUGGUGUUGUAUUUAUAUUUGACAUUUAACUGCUAUUAAAAAGAGCUAGGGGGUCUGAUCACCCUAGCAAAGCUCCCAUUAACUUCAGUGCAGUAGUUACCGGCCUAGGAAUGGAUGUAUAUACAGGCCCUUGUAUUUUUUCUCUUUUUCUUUUUUUUCUCUUUAAAGAAAUCUGUGGUUACUUUCAAAGAAGGGACAUUUUAAACCUGUGAAUUACAGAAACAAUAGAUUAUUAAAUAGACAGCUAGAAAGGGGUAGCAUAAACAUGUGUGGGCAUGUUUGGUUGUUUUUUUCUUUUAAAGCAUCCAGCUGGGAAUCUGUGUAAUUUUAGAAACAGGUUUUAGUAGCUUGAGAAUAACAUCUCUUAGGUAACUACUUUAAGCCACUGUAUUUUGUUGAUGGUAGCACUGUGUAAGAUAAAUAUCCAUGUUUCUUUUUGCUCAGUUUUACUGAACUGCACAAAUGUAUCUAUUCACACUCUCAGCUUCUAUGUGAGUUAGCAGCAAUGCUAUUUUUAAUGUAAAAGUGGUAGCUUUAAUUAAAGCAACAAGUUCCCACUAAAAGUAGCUUAAAAAUAGCUGUUACUGCCAGUCAGAGAUUUUGAUUACUUGACUUUUUAAUAUAUUAUUUUUAAGAUGGAACAUUACAAAAAAUUGUUUAGCAAAUUUAUUUUAAACGUGGGAAGGAUUUAAAAACAAAAACAGAGUUGAGAAGAAUAUUACCAUUUUUAUUUAAGACAAUGUAAGUUUUUCUUUUGUUUUAAAAGAUUGAGCUAAACUCUUGAAGCACUUUACAGUUCUGGCUUACUAACACAUCCUCAGUACCUGACAAAAAUUACAGAAACACAAGGUUUGGAGAGCCUUUGUGGCUAAUUGUAUUUUUUAAUUCUAGGAGCUUAUCAAUACACCAGCAAAUGUUUUCCAAAUGAAGAUGUUUCUGAAAUAAAUAUUUGUUUUCUAAUA